CUCCUAUAAAAGCGCCUGCCGCCCGCCCGCUCACAGCCGCCAUCGGGGCAAGAGCAAGCGGCGACGGUUGGUGGAGAACCGAGGAGAGACCGCUGCCUGCACCAUUUCAUCCCGUGCAAGCUCAAGGGGACGAUCAGACAAGAUCCUUCUUACACGACAAACUUACAGACUUUUCCUGCUAAGACAUCAAUUUUUGUCUUAGAAAAGCAGAAAUACUGUGAAAGAUUGAAAUAACCUAAAUCAUCCAAAACUAAGGCAUACAUAAUGAAACAACUUCUAGUACUUAUAUAGAAAAAGGACAUGUACUUGUAGACAUUAGAAUAUCAGGAUUUGAAGCAAUUAAGAAUGUCUCUGCCAAGUAGACAAAUAGCUAUUAUUAACCCGCCACCACCAGAGUAUAUAAAUACUAAGAAAAAUGGGAGAUUGACAAAUCAACUGCAAUAUCUACAAAAAGUUGUCUUGAAGGCUUUAUGGAAGCAUAGUUUUUCCUGGCCUUUUCAGCAGCCUGUGGAUGCCGUGAAACUAGAGUUGCCUGAUUAUUACACCAUUAUCAAAAACCCAAUGGAUUUAAGCACAAUUAAAAAGCGCUUGGAAAAUAAGUAUUACGUGCAGGCUUCAGAAUGCAUCGAAGACUUCAGAACGAUGUUCUCGAAUUGUUAUCUAUACAACAAGCCUGGAGAUGACAUUGUUCUUAUGGUACAAGCUCUAGAGAAUUUAUUUAAACAGAAAUUAUUACAGAUGCCAAAAGUAGAACAAGUUGUGGGUGGUAAGGAAAGAAUAAAGAAAGGCACUCAACAGAAUGUAGCAGUUUCUUCUGUUAAAGAAAAACAGUCUCUGAAAGGAUCAGAAAAAGUAUUUAAGCAGCAAGUGAGUCCCUUUAUAUUUCCUGAAACAUCUACUCCUUUAAGUAUGGCACAAGGUGCUCCACCCAACUCUACCUCACAAACAGUGGCCCAGGUUACAAAGGGUGUAAAGAGGAAAGCAGAUACAACAACUCCUACAACUUUAGUAGUUAAAGCAAGUGGUGAACCUUCCCCAGCACUUACAGGGAAAAAAACAGCAAAAAUGCCACCCGUAAAGGAAAGUGGGGGGAAGAAUGUUUUGCCGAAUUCUCAGCAACAAUAUAAAGUUAAAGUAACCGAACCAUUAAGGCACUGUAGUGAGAUUCUGAAAGAACUGUUUGCAAAGAAGCACUUUCCAUAUGCAUGGCCCUUUUAUAAUCCUGUUGAUGUUAAUGCAUUGGGACUCCAUAACUACUAUGAUAUUGUGAAAAAUCCAAUGGAUCUUGGAACUAUCAAGAGAAAAAUGGACAACCAAGAAUAUAACGAUGCAUAUGAAUUUGCUGCAGAUGUUAGAUUAAUGUUCAUGAAUUGCUACAGAUACAAUCCUCCUGAUCAUGAAGUAGUGACAAUGGCAAGAAUGCUCCAGGAUGUUUUUGAAAUGCAUUUUGCAAAGAUCCCAGAUGAACCUGUUGAGAGUAAGCCUGUAUAUAAUAUCAAAACAGAUACCACAAAGCCUCUUGGUAGAGAAAGCAGUACUGAAACUUCCUCUGAAGAUAACUCUUCUGACGAUUCUGAAGAUGAAAAAGCUCAGUGUAUUGCAAAUAUUCAGGAACAGAUAAAAGCUGUUCAUCAGCAACUGCAGGUUCUAUCCCAAGUACCACACCAUAAGCUAAAGAAAAAAAAUGACAAAUCUAAACAGGAAAAGAAAAAAGAAAAGGUUAAUAACACAGAUGAAAAUCCAAAAAAGAAGUUUAAGCAAAUGAAAUCAAAGGAGAAAUCCAAGAUCAAUGAGCCAAAGAAGAGGCAACAACCAGUGUUGGCUCUGAAAUAUGAGGAUGAAGAUAAUGCUAAACCUAUGAGCCAUGAUGAGAAAAGGCGGUUAAGUUUGGAUAUAAACAAACUCCCUGGAGAAAAACUUGAAAAAGUCGUUCAUAUAAUACAUUCAAGAGAACCUUCACUGAGAAAUUCCAACCAUGAGGAGAUAGAGAUAGACUUUGAAACACUGAAAACAACAACACUGAGAGAGCUAGAAAAAUAUGUCGCUGCAUGUCUAAGAAAAAGACCACUAAAACCUCGUGGUAAGAAAAUAAUGAAGUCAAAUGAAGAAUUUCAUGCACAGAAAAAACAGGAGUUAGAAAAGCGAUUACUGGAUGUCAAUAAUCAGUUAAAUUCCAGAAAAUGCCAAACAAAAUCUAAGAAAACGCCAUCAUCCACAGCUGUUGUUGGAAUUGGUUCCCGAUUGACUGACAGUAGCAGCAGUUCGUCAGAGUCUGAAAGUAGUAGCAGUGGUUCAGUUUCUUCAGACAGCAGUGAUUCCGAAUCAGAAAUGUUACCUAAAUUUACUGAAGUGAAACAGAAUGGAUCUCCUUCUAAAGAGAAAGUAAAGAUACAAUCUUCUAUGCAAGAUAUAACCUCUAGUACUAUUGCCCUUUUUCAUCAGUCUACACAUUCAAGUGGAACUGCACCAGAUCACUACCAGUUAGCAAUUAAUCAUCAAGAAUUAGAAUAUAAACAGAGUGUGGAAAACAUUUCACCUUUACAAAUCCUGCCUCCCUCAGGUGAUUAUGAAAAUCACUUCAAUGGCCUAACUGUGAUGCAUCAGUCUGGUGAUGACACAAUGGUGGUUGAGUCUGAAUGUCAAGUUUCUGUGCAGAAGGAUAUAAAAAUCAAGAAUGCUGACUCUUGGAAAAGUUUAGGCAAACCAGUUAAAACUUCAGGUGUACGGAAAUCCUCAGAUGAGCUCUUCAACCAAUUUAGAAAAGCAGCAAUAGAAAAGGAAGUCAAAGCUCGAACACAGGAACUAAUACGGAAACAUCUGGAACAGAAUACAAAAGAACCCAAAGUAUUUCAAGAAAAUCAAAGGCACCCUGGCUCCACUCUGGAACCUUUUUCAAAUAAGAUGCCAAACAAGUGCCUUGGAGACAAGCAAAAAGAACAUCAGAAGUCAUUGGAAGCUCAAGAGAACAGUAGACUCGGGCUUCUCAAAGACCGAAAUUUAGCAAGGGAGAGAGAGCAAGAGCGGAGGAGGAGAGAAGCAAUGGCUGGUACCAUUGAUAUGACUCUUCAACGUGACAUUAUGACAAUGUUUGAAAACAACUUUGAUUAAAACUCAGUUUUUGAAUUAACCAUCAACUUAAAAUGAAUGAUAUAAAAGAUUAAGAUGCAUAUGGCAAAAUUAUUGCUUUCAGACAUCAAUAUACCAAUCUUAAUGUUGUAUUUUGACUGCUCUAAAAUGAUUAAACAAUUUUCACUACAUU